CCCGCCCCACUUCUCCCACUCUUUAAAAGCCCCCCCAUCCACCCUUCCACCUCUCCGUCCCUCUUCCCCAUUCUGAACGUCUCACAACGGUAACAAUAAUGGCGGAAAAAAUCCACUUCCUUUUGCUCCUCUUUUUCCUCACACUACUCUCCGCCUCCCCUGUUCUUUCCCGGAGUUUCUCAACGCGGAGCACCGGAUCCGCCCCCACCACCGCCACCUUCGACGUCUCCGCCUCACUCGACCAGGCUCUCCGCGUCCUCUCCUUCGACCCCCACCAAGCCCUCGACCAAGAGGCGAAGUCCGUCCGCGCCACAUCUGGUGGCCUCACCCUUGAGCUACAUUCCCGAGACUUCCUCCCCACCAACGCCCAGCCCCGCCCAACCGACUACAAAGCCCUAACCCUCGACCGCCUCCGCCGCGACUCCACCCGGGUGAAAUCCAUCGCCGCCCGGCUCGCCCUCGCCGCCCACGGCGUCAAACGCUCAGAUCUGAAGCCUGUGACGGAGGAGGAGGAGUUCGAAGCGUCGGCGGAGGCCAUCCGGGGCCCCAUCGUCUCCGGGACCAGCCAGGGCAGCGGCGAGUACUUCUCUAGAGUCGGGAUAGGGAGCCCUCCGAAGCCCUUGUAUAUGGUGCUGGACACCGGGAGCGACGUCACCUGGGCUCAAUGCCAGCCCUGCGCCGAUUGCUACCAGCAAUCCGACCCCGUCUUCGACCCCUCCGCUUCCUCCUCCUACACCCCCCUCCCUUGCGACUCGCCCCGUUGCCGCGCCCUCGACGUCUCCGCCUGCCGCAACUCCUCCGGCGGCAAAGGAGGCUCAUCGUGCCUCUACCAGGUCUCCUACGGCGACGGGUCCUACACCGUCGGGGAUUUCGCGACGGAGACGGUGACCCUCGGCUACUCCGCCCCUGUCGCCGGCGUCGCCCUUGGCUGUGGCCACGACAACGAGGGCCUCUUCGUCGGCGCCGCGGGGCUCCUCGCCCUUGGCGGUGGGCCCCUCUCGUUCCCCUCCCAGAUCUCCGCCCGUUCCUUCUCCUACUGCCUCGUCGACCGCGACUCCCCGGCGAGCUCCACCCUCGAGCUCGGCGGCGCCGCCGCCGCCUCCGGCCCGGCAGUGGCCGCGCCGCUCCUCCACAACCGGAAGCUGGAUACCUUCUACUACGUGGGUCUCUCUGGCAUCAGCGUCGGCGGGAAAAUGCUGUCGAUCCCGCCGUCGUCGUUCGCCAUGGACGAGAGCGGGAGCGGCGGUGUGAUCGUGGACUCCGGGACGGCGGUGACGCGGCUCCAAGCGGAGGCGUACGGGGCGCUGCGGGACGCGUUCCGGCGGGAGACGUCGGGGCUGCCGUCGGCGGAGGGGAUGUCGCUGUUCGACACGUGCUACGACCUCUCGUCGCGGAGCAGCGUGGAGGUGCCGACUGUGGCGUUCCACUUUCCGGAAGGGCGGGAGCUCCGGCUGCCGGCAAAGAACUACCUCAUCCCGGUUGACGGCGGUGGCACCUACUGCCUGGCCUUUGCGCCGACUACGGCACCGCUGUCUAUCAUCGGGAACGUCCAGCAGCAGGGGACACGUGUCAGUUUCGAUCUCGACAAAUCGGUGUUGGGGUUCACCCCCAAUAACUGCUAGGCGUCCCCUUCUCUCUUUUAACCACUCUCUCUGUGCUCCUUUUUAUAUAUAUAUUUUAUUUUUAUCUUUUUCAUUUAGGCUGUUCUACUCUUUUACCGUCGAUGCCGUGUCGAUGGGUGCUGGUACACUGUAACGAAAGCGCCUUAAUCGGACGGUUUGCUGCUAUAAGGCAUGGGGAAUGGGAUCAGGGGAUGUGGUCGCUGUGGGUGGUGGGCAGCUGGGGUUGGUGGUGAUUUUAACCAAGUGGCCUAUUGUGAGCUUGUUGCUAAAUAGCGUCCGGAAAUCAUCAUGUAUAGUAAUCCAUCCACAUUUUGUAAGAUUGGAUCUCAGCCGUUGUUCAAUGAUGUCGCUCUGUUUGUGGGCCUGGAA